GGUGUCAUAUGACAGCAGAGUGUUUGGUCAUGUGACCUCGUCGCUGCUGUUUCUGAGCCGCGCGUUUCCCUUUUUGCAGCGUCACCGGCUUUAAACGCAGAAACGUCGCGUUUUGUGUCCGCGCGGCGGGACGUUCUCCCCGGUGGACGGUUUCCCCGCCGACUCCUCCCCCCGCCGGUUCCCCGCUCGUUCAUGUCACGCGGGGCCAGCAGCCCCGGCGGCUCCCCGGCAGGCCUCGCUGUUUACCGCCUCAGCCAGCGUCCGCGCGCCCAGCUCGGUCCCGGAGGCGCCCGCUGAGCCGUCCAGCCCCGCGGAGCGGCGGGAGGGGAUGCCCGGAAGAGCCGGCCGGCUGCUAGGACGCCUGGACGCCGGUUUCCGGUCAGAAUGAACGGCGGUCAGCAGAGCGACGGGAAGAGGCAGCACCUCCUGGAGAGGCUGCUGGACGCCGUCAAACAGUGCCAAAUCCGCUUCGGUGGCAGGAAGGAGAUCGCAACCGACUCAGACAGCAGGGUCAUCUGUCUGUGCGCUCAGUUUGAGGCGGUGCUUCAGCACGGCCUGAAGAAGAGCCGAGGCCUGGCGCUGACCGCCGCCGCCAUCAAACAGGCCGCCGGCUUCAGCAGCAGAACAGAAGGAGGGGGUGCAGAGCUGACGUUCUGGUUCUACGUGAAGGAGCAUCUGAACCGCCACGAGCUCCAGCGCUUCUACUCGCUGCGCCACAUCUCCUCGGAGCUGGGGCGAGGGCGCGCCUGGCUGCGCUGCGCCCUCAACGAGCACUCGCUGGAGCGCUACCUCCACUCGCUGCUGGCCGACCGCCCACGUCUGGGAAGUUACUAUGAAGAUUGGGCUUUCGUCCUCGACGAGGAGAGAGCUAGCAUGCUCCCCACCAUGGCGGCAGGUCUGAACUCCAUCCUGUUCGCCAUCAACAUCGACAACAGCGACCUGAACGGCGGGCCGACGCGAGGCUCCGCCUCCGUGUCCAGCCUCCUGAAGGAGUCCACGCAGGGCUUCGGCAGUCUGCUGAAGGAGUCCACGCAGGGAGUCAGCAGCCUGUUGAGGGAGAUCAGCUCCGCCACGGCGGUGGUGCCGGGCUUCACGCCCAGAGCGGACGGCGCCUCCGACCCGCUGCCUGUGCUGCCGCGCAGCGCCUCCGCUGACUCGGGUUUGAGGAAAGAGCGGCGGCGGAAGAAGAAGGUCACCAACAUCAUCUCCUUUGACGACGACCUGGACGGGGGCGCCGAGGACGAGGAGGAGGCCGAGGACGACUCCCAGAGGAAUGCUGUCCUGAGGAAGAGCCACACGGCGCCGGCUCAGAGCAGCGUGGAGGAAGGGGUGGAGCCUAACCUGUCCGAGUCGCCGGCGCAGAACGGCCUGGCGGAACCGGGCGUCGUCAGCUGGGUGGGGUCCCCCCACCCCUGCCGCACCGCCCCGGAGGCUCCGCCUCCUCUGCCUGACAACAAGGGAGUCGACAACGAGGAUGAGGAGGAAGAGGAGAUGUACAAACCAAGGACGCCGUCGGUGGAGGAUGAGAAGAUCCUCACCGAUCUGCCCGUGGUGGUCGGCAGCUUGUCCACCGUGUCCACAUGGAGUCCUCCGCAGGUCACGCCGGAGCAGCGCAGCUCGGAAAUCCUGAUCCCCCUGAACGCUGCAGACCCACAGCCAGCGAGCUCCGUGGAGGACGCCGCCGCCUUCCCGGCUCAGUGUGAUUCAGCAGAGUCGGUAGAAAACUGCGAGAGGCUGCAGCUGACUUUCAGCAUGGAGUCCAGUCCUCCAGAGCAGCCGGCUCCGCUCGCCGCCGCAGCCGCCGGGCUGCCGGAGUCCAUGACGGUCGUGGAGCUCCGUCAGGCCACCGUCGCCAUGAUGAACAGGAAGGACGAGCUGGAGGAACAGAACACGUCUCUGCGCAGCCUGUUGGACGGGGAGAUGGAGCACUCGGCCGCCCUGAGGCAGGAAACCGACCUGCUCCGGAAGAAGCUGGCGGAGCUGGAGGAGAGACACGCCACCAAGGUCCAGGCGCUGGCCAGGGAGAAUGAGGUCCUGAAGGUCCAGCUGAAGAAGUAUGUGGGCGCCGUGCAGAUGCUGAAGAGAGAAGGAAGCCCCGGCAAUGACGCUCUGUCGGUGCUGCGGUCCGGUGAGGAGCAGGUUCCUGUACCGCAGAACAAGACCAUGGGCGACAUCGAGGAGCUGGCCGCCAGCUAUGAACGCAAACUUAUCGAGGUGGCGGAGAUGCACGGUGAGCUGAUCGAGUUCAACGAGCGCCUGUACCGCUCGCUCAUGGCCAAAGACCACCUCAUCGUCCAAAUGAGACAGGAGCUGAUCGACCUGCGCGGACCGCUUCCAGGAGAUCUCAGUCAGACGUCUGAUGAUCCGAGUCUGUCGGACUUUGAGACGGCUCACCGCGCUCUCAUCAACGUGUGGAUCCCCUCGGUGUUCCUGCAGGGCCGAGCCGCCAACGCCUACCACGUCUACCAGGUGUACAUCCGCAUCCUGGAUAACGAGUGGAACGUGUAUCGGCGCUACACGGAGUUCAGGGAGCUCCACAACCAGCUCAGAGCGCAGUUUCCACAAGUGGACACCUUCAACUUCCCGCCCAAGAAAGCCUUAGGGAACAAGGACGCCAAGUUUGUGGAGGAAAGGAGGAAGCAGCUGCAGGGCUACCUCCGCAUGGUGAUGAACAAGCUGAUCCAGACUGUGCCGGAGUUUACCGCUCGGCCCUCCAAAGAGACCCUGCUGUCUCUACUGCCUUUCUGUCAAGACGCCCCUCAAGCCAACGACGUCGGCGCCAAGACGCCCCGAUCCAGAACUUCCUCUCGUUUCCCCAGACUGGGUCGGAGUCGCGCCCAGGAGGCCCGACCGGAGCCGCAGAGCGGAGACCUCUGAGGCGGCGGUGGGCGGUCCCGACGACAGCGCCGGGACCAUUCGAGAUGAACCAAGCGUGAAGGACGGCGGUGCAGCUCAAAGGCUCUCAGUCGGCGCCGCCGUCCGGAUCUCAGCCUUUUCCUUCUGGGUCUCAGUGGGAGGCGGCCUCAGUGCCUGCAGUCUUCGUCGCUGCUUUGCGUUCUCGUUCUCGCCAUGAGGGGAACGACUCAUAGAACUGGUGGAGUUUUCCAGAGUCUGGAAUGAUCAGCGCUCCUUUGUCCCGCUGGCUUCCAUCCGGACAGCGUUCCGAUGGCCUCCUUUUGAAUGUAAUCGAGGAAAUCCAAUGAGAAGACCGAUGAAAUUAGCCUUCGUUUCCGUGCGUAGCUGUUCAUGGAUCCCCAAACCAGAGCACCUAAACUGUUCAUGGAAUUUUUUAUUUUUUUUUCAUAUCAUUUCCUGCAUCAGCCCGGACUCUCCUUUAUCAACUUAGCUGGAGAAAACUGGGAUAAUUAAGUCAACUGGUUGAUUUGUGAAAACCUUUUUACAAUGACGGAGGUCUCAGACGGCCUCAGGAUCUCCAUCAGGUCUUCAUUUCUGAGGGAUGUCCUCUCUUUGCAUUCGGUGGUUCAGUCUCUGGACCUCCCCAGGUACAUGAUGCAGAUCUGAGGGUUCUUUAAGUGUUAAAAACAGACUAAACUCUUGACGAUGGAGCUCCUGUGAGUUUGGAAAUCUAAAGGAAAUCCAGAGACGGUUUUUCUACCAGACGUUUGACAGAACCAUACGGAGGUAAAUCACAUCUUCAGCGGUUUACAGCUCCGACUCGCCGUUUCAUCCCGUCUUUGAUAUGAACUGAAGCUCUCACUGGAGGUUCUGUCAUCUUUUUACUACUACAGCGAAUCGUUGGGAUUGGUGGCGUGUUUCCUGGUCUGUCUCAUGUAGAAGUUCCUCAUAUGGAUCCGCCUGAAUAAUCUGUACAGCUGGAGAAUGGAGAGUCACAUAUUCAUGAGAAAUAAAAGAAGUUUUUCCUACGA